AUGAGUUCUUCAAGUUCUACAUCAUCAUCAAAUGAAUCAGCAGCUUUAUCUUUAUCGUCAUCAUCAACCAUUCGCCAAAGAUCAAAUACAAAUAUAGUCACCGGCGAAGAACUUGUUGAAUCAGUGUUAUCAUAUGUAAAAGAAUUGAAAGUUGCUAAAAAUUUCAAAUUGAAAAUUGAACGUCAAUUAAGAAACAUAAAUUUUCAAGAAAAUGAAGCUGAUAAUACAACGACUGCUGAACCUGAUGAUACAACAACUGUUGAAUCCGACAAUGAUACAGCUGUUGAACGUGAUCAAACAUGUGAUUCUAAUUGUCGAUCGCGUACAAUAAACUAUGCAUGGACUUCUGUAACUGGUGGCGUGAUCUUAUUCGUAUUGACAUAUUGGCUUACUCGGUGGUUUAUCAAAUUGUGGAAAUCCACAUCAAAUUCAACUUCAAAUAGUUUUUUACCAUAG